UUUUGUUUCCAUCAAACGUCUCACGGUCUCACCUUAAAUGAUUAUGUCAUAUAUCAUUUCAUUAUUUCAUAUCACAUAAUGCUCUCCCUCUCACCGUAACCACACACAUUCCACUAAGGAUGAAUAGACCCACUCCCCCUUCCAGAACUCACCAACCACCACCACCGCCACCGCCACGACGAUAUCAGCCGCCACCCCGACGAUAUCAACCACCCCCACCUCCGACGCCGAGAUACCAACCACCGCCACGACAACAACCACCACCACUACAACAACAACAACAACCACCACCAGCAGCACCACCACUACAUGUUACGGCGGAAGAAAGAGGGGCACCUAUCAUUGCCACCAAGCCAAAGAGGCCACGGCCACCGUCAGGGCGCACCAACUUGGCUUCCUGCGUCGUUGCCACCAUCUUCCUAAUCUUCAUCAUCAUCGUCAUCCUCAUCGUCUACUUCACCGUCUUCAAGCCACAGGACCCAAAGAUCGCCGUCAGCGCCGUCCAGCUUCCGUCUUUUUCCGUCGUUAACGGCACCGUCAACUUCACGUUCUCCCAGUACGCAUCCGUCAGAAACCCUAACCGCGCGGCGUUCUCUCACUACGACAGCUCCCUACAGCUUCUCUACUCAGGCACCCAGGUGGGCUUCAUGUUCAUCCCCGCCGGCGAGAUUGACGCCGGGAGGACAAAGUACAUGGCGGCGACGUUCUCCGUGCAGUCGUUCCCUCUGGCGGCGCCGCCUGUGGCAAUGACGGGGAUGCCGACAGUGAUGAACGGUGGAGGAGUUGGGUUCAACUACGGGAUGAGAGUGCAGCCAACGAUGGAGAUCGAGUCGAAGUUGGAAAUGGCGGGGCGCGUGAGGGUUCUACACUUCUUCAGCCACCGCGUGCAGGCCACUGCCGGUUGCAGGGUCGCCAUUGCCGUCACCGACGGAUCUGUCUUAGGUUUUCACUGCUAAUAACUUAUUCUUAAUUUUUCAUCAUCUUAUUGAUUUUCUGUUUUUGGGAAAUUUUUAGAAUUUAGUUGUAGGUAUUUGAUAUUUUUAAUAUUACUAUUAAAUCUUUGUGUUGCUAGUAAGAAAUUGCUAGUGGCGAAAAUGGACGACGAUGAUGAUGAUAGGUGGGGGAAUUACUAAUUUGAUUUUGUGAAAUGUGAAGUUGUAUGUAUAAGUAGCGCAGGUAUGAGUCAAAAAUCAAAAUGUAAAGAUCGGUUUUCAUUUUUGGGUUUUUUUUUUUGUUAAUUGAAUGCAUAGUUUCCCUUGUUUUGUUUUGUUUACUUCAACUACUUGAAUUGGAUGAAUCGAUGGAGUCUCAAUUUCUC